AUGUUGACAGGAAGUAUGGCAUGCAUGAAGCUGGGAUCAAAAUCAGAUUCUUUUCGAAAACAAGGCCAUGAUUGGUUUUGCACAACUGGACUUCCAAGUGAUAUCGUCGUUGAAGUUGGAGAGAUGUCUUUCCAUCUCCACAAGUUUCCUUUGCUCUCUAGAAGUGGAGUCCUGGAAAGAAGGAUUGCAGAGGCAUCUAAAGAAGGGGAUAAUGAUAAAUGUCUCAUUCAGAUUUCUGAUUUUCCUGGUGGAGACAAAACGUUUGAGCUAGUCGCCAAGUUCUGCUACGGUGUGAAGCUCGAACUCACUGCCUCGAACGUUGUAUGCCUCAGAUGCGCUGCUAAGCAUCUCGAAAUGACAGAGGAGUUUGGGGAAGGAAACCUAAUUUCCCAAACCGGAAAGUUUUUCAAUCAAGUCAUCUUCAAAAGCUGGAAAUAUUCAAUAAAAGCGCUUCAAUGCUGCGAAGAGGUCCUCAAGUACGCUGAUGAAUUCAACAUCACCAAGAAAUGCAUCGAAUCACUAGCCAUAAGAGCAUCGGCAGACCCAAACUUGUCUGUGGAGCAUGGUGGGCCCAUGCAGAGUCCAUGUGGCAGCGUUUUAUGGAACGGGAUAAGCACAGGGGCUAGACGUGAACACACUAGUUCAGAUUGGUGGCACGAGGAUGCGUCCACGCUUAGUUUUUCUCUUUUUAAGAGACUUAUCACGCUCAUGGAUUCCCGAGGCAUAAGAGAUGAUAUCUGUAAACCCAAUACUGUCAAUAAUAUCAUCGCCGGGUCCCUAACCUAUUACACCAGAAAAUACUUGCCUGUCUUAAAACGGCGGCGACACAGUGGUAGUUCUUCCAGCACACCUUUGAGCUCGGGGAGUCAUGUAUUGUCCGAAGAAGAGCAGAAACACUUGCUUGAAAAGAUCCAGGAGCUUGAGCUUCCAUGUAUCAAAAAAGGUUUAGUUCCGACCAAGUUUUACGUAGACAUGCUUAUAAUCGCCAAGAUUCUGAAAGCUAGUCCGAGCUGCAUAGAGAGUUUGGAGAAUCGGAUAGGGAUGCAGCUUGACCAGGCGGCGUUAGAAGAUCUUGUAAUACCUAGCUUUUCUCAUGAUAUGGAGACUUUAUACGACGUUGACUCUGUGCAACGGAUCGUGGACCACUUUCUUAGUAAGGAAUAUCAGACUAUGCCCGUAGGGGCUAGCUCCUCCUGUUCUUCAGUAGAAGAUGGGAAUUUAAACGGAUCCCCACAGUCAAUGACAGCGGUUUCGAAGCUGAUUGAUGAGUAUCUUGCUGAAGUUGCUCCUGAUGUCAAUCUAAAGAUUGCUAAGUUCCAGGCUUUAGCCGCUUCUGUUCCUGAAUAUGCGAGACUCUUAGAUGACGGGCUCUAUCAUGCAAUAGACAUCUACCUAAUGCAUCAUCCGUGGUUAGUGGAAACAGAAAGAGAGGAUCUUUGUAGGUUGUUAGAUUGCCAAAAGCUCUCUUCGGAAGCUUGCACACACGCAGCACAGAAUGAGAGAUUACCUCUAAGAAUUAUAGUCCAAGUGCUCUUCAUCGAGCAGCUUCAGCUCAAGGCCUCUGUAGCUGGAUGCUUCCCGGGUUCAGAUGGCGGGUCAAGAAAGUUAGGAAGCAGCGGAUUUUCAGGAGAAUCAACCAAAGGAGGGGGAUGGGAAAUCGCAGUAAGAGAGAAUCAAGACCUGAAAGUUGGAAUGGAUAGAAUGAGAAUGAGGGUUUGCGAGUUAGAGAAAGAAUGUUCAAAUAUGAGAAAGGAGAUUGAGAAACUCGAUAAGACAACAAAAGGUGGCGGUGCUCCUGGAAGAGGUAGCAAAACGUGGGAAAACGUUUCUAAGAAACUCGGGUUCGGUAUUACGCUGAAGUCACAUCAAAUGGGCAGUGCUCAAAAAGGAUCAAAUUUAAAGUCCAACAACGAGAAUGUGAAGAUAUAAAAGC